GAGAGUGAAGAUGUCUUCCAAGCUGCUGCUGUACUUGACGACCACCAUCCUCCUGAGCAGGGAUGUGAGGUGCUACGACGACAAGGCGGUGGAGAUCACGGAGCUGCUGGUGCCAGAGUCCCCAAGAAGCGGCGACGACGUCACCCUCACCUGCCGCUUCCGUCUGGUGGGUUACAACCACCGCCUCUACACCGUCAGCUGGUGGCGGGGCAAAGACCAGUUCUACACCUACAAGGGCACCAACAUUGACCCCAAACACGCUUACACCUUCAACGGUAUACAGGUUAAGAAGGAUGAGUCUACGGAGGAGUCUGUGGUGCUGGAGAAUGUCUCAGAAGACACCUCGGGCCUCUAUAAGUGCGAGGUGAUGGGGGAGGGACCCGCCUUCAGAACAGCUGUCGAAACUAAGACGAUGACUGUAAUAGUCCCACCUAAACAAGUGGACCUCAGCGCCUGGUCCAACCCGGAUCCACUGACUUACCGCUCCGGGGACAUGGUAGAGAUUAACUGCACCGCGACAGGUGCCAAGCCCAAGGCCAAUAUUAAGUGGGAGAUCAACGAUUUACCGGUCAAAGAGCGUAAUCUGAUGAAGUACUCAGAUUUUGAGGACAGUCGCGGCCGUGUGACCUCCAAAUUGGGACUUCGUUGGAGGGCGCCCGACUACUUCCGCAACAACCUGGCUCGGGUCACGUGUAUUGCCAUGGUCGGGGGUCACGCUACCAGGGGCUCCAAGAACAUCUAUCUUGACCCAGCCUCCAGUGCCGCCUUCAAUCAUCAAUUUGGGGCUGCAGGAAGUCAGCUGCCAACCACCUGGACCAUCCUGAGCCUCGCGUCCAUCCUCAUCGCCCGAAGUUUCCCCUAGGACGAGGAACUUACUAAAACACAACACGAGGAGGAAGAUCGAAAAGGAUGACGAAGAUAAAGAGGGAAGCAACGCGAGGUGGACUACCUCCCCCUCCCUGCCUGUAUGUUUUAGGUUCUACUUGAGCACAAUUUUGGAUUCUAGGGAAAGAAAAGGUUGAGGGAAAUAGGAAGUGCACACGCAGGGAUGAGUUCCCUCCGCCUCCACAGCCUCGUGGUAGGACCUCAUGACAGAGCGCCAUCUUGGGCCUCAGGAGGAGAAGGGGUUUAAGAAAACAACGAAGGACAUAAACACGAGGUGGAAUCUACGUGUCGUCUUUCUUCCAUCAGUCCUUCUCUGUUGAGUCUCAUACAUACAACACCUUCUUGAGGGUGACCAAGAAGAUAAAAACAAAUGAUAAAUAAGACAACAACGAAUUAUAAAGAUGGCGAAAAUAAAGACGAGAAGAACAAACACGAGAUGAAAUUCACAUACUGCGGCUUCUUCCACUUCAGCAGGACCUCAGGACCACCAUCUUGGAGACGAAGUGGGGGAAUAAAAGGGUGCGGCUUCUUCCUCUUCGACUCAAGCUCAGCUAGAUAGGACCCUCACCAAUUUGAAGUUGGUAAGGAAUAAUAACACACGAGAUUGAUAUUGAGUAAGAUAAAGACUUGCCAUGAACAUAAGCUGUAAAAGGGGGAUGGAGAAGAGCCAGCGUGCGUGUGCGUCUCCCUGGUGCUUGUGUUUUAGGUCGCUUGACUGCUGCUGUGUUUCCUUGUGUGCUCCUGCCUGCCUCUGGCGUCGCUCUCUCCAGGUCGUGAUUUAUUCCUGCCAGUGUGAAAGACAGUGGGAACGCGUCGUUAUCCUGCACCUCAUGAAUUUAUUUCUCGAACGCUUCGAAAGUGACGAUUGUAACCCGCAAGAGCUCGGUGCACCAGGUGUAUUUUACCUGUCUACGCCGCACCACCAUUGUGAAUAAGGUGGCUUUCCUGGCAAUCUUUGUUGGGGUUAUAAACCGUAAAGCCUCACUGGACAAGGUUUAUUUCUUCUAAGGCUGUAUGUCGUAAGAACACACUAGCAAAGGUAUAUUUCCUUGAAUAUAUAGCGCUGGAUGUAUACGUCUUAAGUGGAGGUUUGGUAUGAUGACAGCGAGUCUCGAUACAUCCAUACUGGAUGGGGCUGAUAGCCCAGUAGACUGGCAGUUGUCUGGGUCGUGGUGUCCUCAGGAGGAAGAGAAGAAUCAGCAUUGCAUAUAUUACAAGAGAGCUUCAGUUUUACUUUAAAGGGUGAUCUAUUUCACAGUGAGCUAAUAAACUUUUUUUUCUUUCCCAGAUCAUAUCUGCCCUGGAGGCUCUGUCGUGGUUAUCUCUUUACAAAUGAUCCUAAAUCCCAACACACAAAAAAGAAACAAUUAUAUAACUGAGACCCUAGUAUGCAUAUAACAUUCUACCAUAUGUGUUUUUCUUUCCAAAUUUUUAUGGAUCCAAUGAUAAUUGAAAGCAAAAUAGCUUUAUUUACUAAAAUUAUUUCUACGUUCGAAUUUAUUAUCUAUAUGCAAAAUAUUAUCAAUCAUUUAAUAUAUCUGGAGUAUUAAAGAUUGAUUAUGUUGAAUUUUUAGUAUCUAUUUCGGCCUUUGGUUACAUUACACCUGAAAAUCCCAAAUGACAAAACUCCCCCAUUAUUUCCACAUGGAUACAGUCCAGAUGAAAUACCCCCAAAAAACUUUACAUUCAAACUAAAUGUUAUGUUCCUCUUGUUUACUGUGUUACUUAGAGGACCCGUAAUUAGUUACACGGCUUAUCGUAAUUGAGACUCACUAUCACUCGGUACCCGGACAAGGAACCAAACCAAACUGAACUGAACUAAAACUAACAUAUCCUAAUCAAACCUAACCUCCCUUAAUCUAAUAUAAGCUACCUUAACCUUAUCUAACCUCUCUUAAUCUAUCUUAACCUACCGUAACCAAGCUGACCUUAAUCUAAUUUAACGUAACCGAACCUAACCUAACCUAACCCUUUCCAAUCAAACUUUAAUCUAACUGAACUAACCUAAACUAACCUAAUCUAACCUAACCUAUUUUAACUUAAUCUAUCCUACCUCUAGCAUGACUUGAAUGGAUUAGUUAAGGCCCGUCGUCAUUUCCCCAUCCAGACCUCACACACACACACACACACACACACACACACACACACACACACACCGCCUGUACUCGCUUCUGCCUCGUUAUCAUCAAGCACCGCCACCGACAUACACUUCUGUGGUGUUUUCCUUUGUCGUUGAGUACUUGCUGCUUCAGGACACACUCACUACACACACUAUACACACACUUACAGUAAUACACACGCUAUACACACUUACAGUAAUACACACAC